CACCUAAAAACUAUUGGAAACGAAUGUGCCACUUGUCUUGUGUGCACACUGAUCGGCUCCAUCUACGCAGACUGGUCCCACACACGCGACUGGAAACGCCAACAGCAGCGGGAAGCUCAAAGCGCAGCGCUAAAAAGUCAAAGCUAAACAACACACAAAACAACAACAACAAGAAGAGCAACAAAAUGGUGCUCGGUUUGGAUAAACGUGCCUUGUGGGCAGCGCUUCCACUUCUUGGCUUUGCGAUUGGACACUUUCUGGAUCUGAAGGAAACGGAACGCAUGUCCAUGUUCCGGGACAAGUCGGCAUUGUACGCUCGCCCCGCUGGCUCCGAGGACAAGCCGCCAUCCUGGUGAUUAGCAUUAAGUUUGCAUUCACAAUGUUUUUCUUUUAUUUUUUUUUGUCUUGCUAUCACUGUCGUUUCAAAUAAACGGUAAAAUGGCUGUGUGAAAAUCACAUCAGAAUCCAUUAAACUAGAA